CUGGACAAAAACUUUGCCGACCACUUCUCAAAUAUUCUGUUCUUCGUGGUGCUGAUGAGGAAGUGACUGCAGCUCUGCCUCAAAUAUGAGUCAGCAUGGAGCCUCUGCUGGUGGCCAUGGACAUUCAAGGCCAGUGGAUGAGAGGACACACUCCCCUGCUCCCAGCUGUGUGUCCAUGAAGAGCGACAACUCCAAGGGUGAGGUCCCCAACUUCAGAGAGGGAGGCAGUCAUCCUGAAGCCAGGCCAGACUCCCCUGCACACAGCUGUGUGUCCAUGAAGAGUGACCACUCCAAGGAUGAGGUCCCCAACUUCAGAGAGGGAGGCAUUCAUCCUGAUCCCAGCAUCCAACAGGAAGAACAAACAAUUCAUCCGACCCUCAGCAAAGUCUAUCAAAAAGACCUGUCUACAUUAUUCAUGAAGCUUGAGGAAAAAGUCAUGACCUUCAUGAAGACGGAACUGAAGAGAUUCAAGAAGCUCCUGAGUCAUGAUUACCCAGAAUCCCCUUGUGAUGAAGAUGAGGAUGAGGAGGACCAGAGAGAUGCCAGAGAUGGAGCUCUGAAGAUUGCAGUGCACAUCCUGAGGAACAUGAGUCAGGAGAUCCUCGCUCAGCAGCUGGAGAAAUAUGGACUGCUUCCUAGAUGUCAACAAGAGCUCAAAAAUAGGCUCGCAAAAAAGUGUCAGAGUGUAUGUGAAGGCAUCCCAAAGCAGGGAAAGUCUACUUUUCUAGAGAAGAUCUACACAGAGCUCUACAUCACAGAAGGGGAAAGUGUAGAGGUGAAUACUGAACAUGAAAUCAGACAGAUUGAGAUGGUAUCCAAGAGACAAGUAACAAAGGAGGAAAAAGCAAUCAAAUAUACGGACAUCUUCAAGCCCUUAUCUGGACAGGACAAACCCAUCAGAACUGUGCUUACAAAGGGAGUGGCUGGCAUUGGAAAAACAGUCUCUGUGCAGAAGUUCAUUCUGGACUGGACUGAAGACAAAGCAAAUCAAAAUAUCCAUUUCAUAUUUCCUCUUCCUUUUCGGGAGUUGAAUCUGAUGAAAGACAAAAACUUCACCCUUUUGGACUUCAUUCAUCAUUUCUUCACUGAAACAAAAGACUUUGCCUUCUCCAACAAGGACCGAUACAACAUUGCAUUUAUCUUUGAUGGUCUGGAUGAAAGCAGACUUCCUCUGGAUUUCCAGCAGAAUGAAUGCAUCUACAGCACAACAGAAUCUGCCUCUGUGGAUGUCCUUCUCACAAACCUGAUCCAGGGGAAUCUGCUUCCCUCUGCUCUUGUUUGGAUCACCUCCCGACCAGCAGCAGCCAAUCAAAUCCCUCCAGAGUGUGUGAAUCAGGUAACAGAAGUCCGCGGUUUCAGUGACCCACAGAAGGAGGAGUACUUCAGGAAGAAAAUCACAAAAGAGGAACUGGCAAACAGAAUCAUCACACACCUGAAGUCAUCCCGGAGCCUCUACAUCAUGUGCCACAUUCCAGUCUUCUGUUGGAUGGCAGCCACUGUUCUGGAGAGCAUCAUGACUGAAGCAGAGAGUGGAGAGAUUCCAAACUCUUUGACUCAAAUGUACACACACUUCCUGGUCAUACAAUCCAAACAUAGGAGUCAGAAGUAUGAAAACAUGUGGAACCAGAAGACCAUUCUGUCACUGGGGAAACUGGCUUUUCAACAGCUGGAGAAGGGCAAUCUGAUCUUCUAUCAUAAAGACCUGAGAGAGUGUGGCAUAGAUGUCAGACAAGCAUCAGUGUACUCAGGAGUGUGCACUCAGAUCUUCAGAGAGGAGGCUGGGCUGUACCAGGGGAAAGUGUUCUGCUUUGUUCAUCUGAGCAUUCAGGAGUUUCUAGCAGCUCUAUAUGUGUUCCUCACAUUCCAGAACAGAGGAGUCAAUAUACUGGAUCAACAGCCAAGAGGUGUUUUUUCUUUUCUGAAGACAAAGAAUGAAAACAUCAAUGAGCUAUACAGGACUGCAGUGGAUCUGGCAUUAAACAGUGAGCAUGGACACCUGGAUCUUUUCCUGAGGUUUCUUCUGGGCCUCUCAUUGGAGUCCAAUCAGAAACACUUACAAGACCUGCAGCCAAGGUCAGGAAACAGCUCAUUACACACAGAGGAAACAGUCAAGUACAUCAAGGAGAAGAUCAGAGAAACCACCACCCCAGAGAGAUGCAUCAACCUGUUCCAUUGUCUGAAUGAACUGAAUGACCACUCGCUGGUGGAGGAGGUCCAGGGCUACUUGAGGAAGGACAAAAAACCCAGAGAGGAUCUCUCUCUUUCCCAGCUGUCAGCUCUGGCUUUUGUGCUGCUGAUGUCAGACCAGGAACUGGAGGAGUUUAACCUGCAGGAUUAUGGGAGAUAUGGUUCAACUGCCAGAUCAGAUGCAGGUCUGCUGAGGAUGCUGCCAGUGGUCAAAGCAUCUAAACGAGUCAAGCUGAUUAGUUGUUCCCUCACAGUGAAGAGCUGUGCAGCUUUAUCUUCAGCUCUCAGAUCAAACUCUUCCAGUCUGAGACAGCUGAACCUGAGUGACAAUAAUGUGGGAGAUUCAGGAGUGGAGCUGCUUUCUACUGAUCUGGAGCAUCCAAACUGUAGACUGGAGACACUGGUGCUGCAGUACUGUGAUCUCACAGAGAGGAGCUGUUCAUCUCUAGCUGCAGCUCUCAGAUCAAACCCCUCCAGUCUGAGACUGCUGGACCUGAGAUUGAACUCACUGCAGCAGUCUGGAGUGGAGCUGCUCUCUGCUCUACAGAGAGACCCCACAUAUAAACUGACUGAACUAAAGUACUAAGUGUAGAGCCAUUAGUCAUCCAUCAGUGUGGUGGAGCACAGCUGCUGCAGAUGCUGCAUCAGCCAUCCAUCAGUGUGAUGGAGCACAGCUGCUGCAGAUGCUGCAUCAGUCAUCCAUCAGUGUGAUGGAGCACAGCUGCUGCAGAUGCUGCAUCAGUCAUCCAUCAGUGUGGUGGAGCACAGCUGCUGCAGAUGCUGCAGUUUCCAGACACUCAGGACCAGAUGAUCCUCCAGCUGCUCCACUCAUCAUGUGGGUCAACUGCUCACUGCUACACUUUAAAGGGGCCGUUUUGUAUUAUAAUAUACUGUAUGAUCAAUACCUAUGAUGAAACCAAUUAAGUCUGACUUUUUUCCAAUUUGUAGUUAAAAUGCAUAACAUUUUUUAAUGUUCUUCUUACUUUUAUGUAGCCAACACCUUUGUUUUCAAGGGUCCAAUUUCAAAAGUCUUGGGUAGAUAAUACUUCUUACAAGGCUUUGAAAAACAUUUUGUUAUAUAUAACUAAUUCCAUUACAUCCACUUGUACUCUCAUAUCAUUAUUGUUGAUAAUAUAACCAUAUGUGCCACUUUUGCAUAGAUGUCUUUAGUUAGAUAAAAAGCAGACUGCCUCAGAGUGUCUAAAAGGCCCCCCGGACCUCCGAGUGUUAAAGGGGCAGUUUUGUAUUAUCAUAUACAGUAUAAUCAAUAUCUAUGAUGAAACCAAUAUUUAAAAGUGAUAAAUUAAUGUGUGC